AUGACGGACCGCUCCACCUUCGACACCAACGUGGUCACCCUGACCCGCUUCGUCGUCGAGGAGGGGCGGAAAGCGCGGGGCACCGGGGAGCUCACCCAGCUGCUCACGGCCAUCUGCACCGCUGUCAAGGCCAUCUCCACCGCCGUGCGGAAAGCGGGCAUCGCCAACCUUUAUGGGAUUUCUGGCUCCACCAAUGUGACAGGAGACCAAGUGAAGAAGCUGGAUGUCCUUUCCAAUGACAUGGUGAUCAACAUGCUCAAGUCCUCUUUCACAACUUGUGUGAUUGUAUCAGAAGAAAACAAGGACGCCCUCAUAGUGGAACCUGACAAACAAGGUAAAUACAUAGUCUGCAUGGAUCCACUUGAUGGCUCAUCUAAUAUUGACUGCCUUGUGUCUAUUGGAACCAUUUUUGCUAUCUACAGAAAGGUUUCCACUAGUGCACCUUCUGAGAAAGAUGCUCUGCAGCCUGGACGUAAUCUUGUGGCAGCUGGUUAUGCCCUCUAUGGUAGUGCCACAAUGCUUGUUUUGGCCCUGGACAGUGGGGUCAACUGUUUCAUGCUUGAUCCGGCAAUUGGGGAGUUCAUUUUAGUCAACAAAGAUGUAAAAAUCAAGAAGAAAGGAAAUAUCUACAGUCUCAAUGAAGGAUAUUCUACUUACUUUGACCCUGCUGUGACAGAGUAUCUUAAGAAGAAGAAAUUCCCAGAGGAUGGUAGUUCUCCCUAUGGCAGCAGGUACAUAGGCUCCAUGGUUGCUGAUGUGCACCGUACUUUGGUGUAUGGAGGAAUCUUUUUAUAUCCAGCCAACUCAAAGAGCCCCAAGGGAAAGUUGAGGUUACUAUAUGAAUGCAACCCCAUGGCAUUUAUCAUUGAGAAGGCCGGAGGACUUGCAACAACGGGAAAGGAGGCGGUCCUGGAUGUCGUGCCAGAAAACAUUCACCAGCGUGUGCCUAUUGUCUUGGGGUCUCCAGAUGAUGUAGAAGAAUACAUAGACGUGGUGAAAAAGCAUUCAGCUAAGUGAGGAAGAAAAGGUGGCUGCUACCACUUCAACUACAGUUUAAAUGCCUUGGACCAAAGACCAUAUUGGUGCAAUACUACUGACUAUGAAACAAGUUUUUGGUGGUGCAAAUGAGCCAUAUCAUGAAUUUUUAUAUACAUAAAAAGUAAA